AUGGUUCAAACAUCAGGUCUCCUGGCUGGAAAUCGCAUUAAAAAUGACGUUGGUGAAGAAUGCGUUCCAACUGUUCCAAACAGCGUUCCAAGUAGAACUCAACGAGCUCUAUCUAGUGGGUGUAAAACAAACGACAUUGAUGACACUGUGGAAUUCAUGGAACUGUGGAAUUCAUGGAACUGUGGAAUUCAUGGAACUGUGGAAUUCAUGGAACUGUGGAAUUCAUGA